AGAAACAUAUUGACUUUUGGCUGAGAGAACAGGCAGCAAGAUGGAUGUUCGCAGAUAUUUGAUUGUGUAUUACUUCCUGGCAUUCACCUUUUUCAAAUUGGCAGAUUGCUCUGAGGUGUCCAUUGUUGGAGGCAAAGAUGUCAAAAAACAUCAACCCUGUAUGGUGUCCAUUCAGAAGGACCAGAUCCAUGUGUGUGGAGGAAUCCUGAUUCAAGACCAGUGGCUUUUAACUGCAGCACAUUGCCAACGAAAACCCAUUACAUCGGUGACAGUUCUGGUAGGAUCUCUGUCUCUGAGUAAAGGCACUCAGCGUGUCGGCGUCCUCAGUUACGAGUACCCUAAAACAUUCAAUGUAAAGACUAAACAAGAUGACAUGCUCAUUAAGCUAAGCAAAAAAGUGAAAGCGAAACCUAAAAAAAUCCCUAAAAAGGAACAAGACGUUCCACCUGGAACAAAAUGUGUUGUGACAGGUUGGGGAACCACUAAUUCUAACGUCAUGAAACCUUCUGAUAAACUGCAAAUGUUAGAGGUGACAGUGGUGGACAGGGACCUGUGCAACUGCUACUACAAUAGAGAUCCUGUGAUCACCAAAGACAUGCUGUGUGCCGGAAACAAGCAAGAAAACAGAGGCAUCUGUUGGGGAGAUUCCGGUGGACCACUGCACUGUAAGAAAAACAUAGUUGGAGUGGUAUCAGGGUCAAAAGAAUGCGGUGAUCCCAAGGAACCAACUGUGUACACUUUUCUUUCUGAAAGACAUAUCCGCUGGAUCAAUAACACACUGAAAAAGCAAUUCAACAGCACAACCUUUUAAGAAGCUAACAUU